UAUUUAUAGGCGGACUCGCGGCAGCGGCGCUCCAGAGCAGCUGCACCUCCGCCGCGCCGACACCGUCACCAUGCUGAGGACUGCUGGGUUCGUCUUGAUCGCGUGCUUCGCGCUCUCAGCGCUGUCACUGCCUGAAGCAAGGAAAUCCAAACCUUCAGCAACGGUCUCCCCUGCAAGUGACUUUAACCCCACUCCAAACACCACCACAAAGUCAACCACCACCCUGGCUCCAAACACCACAACCGUGGCUCCAAACACCACAACGACCACCUUGGCUCCAAAACCCACCACAAAGUCAACCACCACCUUGGCUCCAAACACCACAACCGUGGCUCCAAACACCACAACGACCACCAUGGCUCCAAACACCACAACCGUGGCUCCAAACACCACAACCGUGGCUCCAAACACCACAACGACCACCAUGGCUCCAAAACCCACCACAACGACUACAACCACCACCCUGGCUCCAACCACCGCAGCCCCGCCCUCACCUACUCCCCCUGUAGGAGACUACAAUCUCACAAUCGGUGAUAAGACCUGCCUGAAGGCUAAGGUGGCGCUGCAGAUCCGACUGGCCAAUAAAACCUUCAUCAUUCAGCCAAAUCAAACCCAUCUAAAUGGAAGCUGUGAUGAAACCAGGGUCACCCUUUACUUCAACUUCUCACAGGGCUUCAUCAACUUCAACUUCACCAGGGACGUUGGUAAUAAAACCGUCUACGUUGACGCCGUGGGUUUCACCCUGAACUACCCUUUGACCCGAGGACGUUUGACAGAUGCACGUUACAGUGGCAGCAACACAUCCCUCCAUCUGUUCCCCGCAAAGAUUGGACACUCGUACUCUUGCAAGAGUGACUCUCUUUACAUGGGCAAGGGCCUGUACCUGGACAUAACUAAUGACCAGAUGCAGGCCUUCAACCUGACCAAGAACGACUUUGGCUCUCCUGACUUCUGUCCGGCUGACCAGCCUGAUUACCGGGUGGCCAUUGCAGUGGGAAUCGUACUGCUGGUGCUCAUCAUCGUGGUGGUCGUGGCCUACCUGUUGAGCCGCAGGAAGAGGAUGGAGGGCUACCAGUCCCUGUGAGGAGGGGAGGGGGGGGCUGGCCAGCAAACGAUGCAAAGUCACUGACAGGUCACGCAGUCAGUGAGGCGGUGACCUUUUUUAGGGGGUUGGAGGGCAUCAUCACUAAAACUUAACCUGCCAUUUUUCUGUCCUUGUGUAGCUUCAUUUAACUGGUUGCUGGUUGGCUGCAGUUUUUAUCCAAAGGCUCCUGCAUGUGGAGGCUGGAGUGUGCCACUUUGAAGAGCUUCACUGUAACAACGUGAAACUUUAAAGUCCGUCAUUUUAAAGAACGAGCUCGUUAAAUGUAAAUAACAAAAGUGGCACAUUCCACACUCCGUACAAACAGGAAGGCCGACACACACAAAGCCGAGCGGUUUUUCCUGCCGUGCCAUUGGCCGGCAUGCUUAUCUGUGUGCUUCUGGCGCAUAAAUUGAGCUGUGUCCCACCCUGAUGUCUUCACAGAUAAAAACUGACCCUGGUGCCUGAGCAGAAUCAGGUCAUGGAUUUACUUUUCCAGCCGCACUCGCGUUACUUUUCUGUCCUGUGGCUUCUCCUCCGAGUCACAGUCCAGCUGACACCAUCACUGAACUCUACAAUCGUGAAUUAAAAGUCUUUUUUUAUUAUCACCUUUACUUUAAAAAUUAGAGCAGUCUGACUCAGAUGACAGGAUUACUUUAUUUUUGUUAACUUGAAGGAUUUUUGUGUUGCGGGGCUUUGUUUUGUUUUAAUAAUCACAUGUUAAUUUUAUUUUCAUAAAAAGGGAGCUGAUCUAAUGUCUACAGGUGAUUAUACUGUGGUUGAAUUAUGAGCUAUCAUCGGCUGAAGGGAUCAUCAAUAAUCGCUUUUAUUGCUGUCCUGACUGAGUGUGUCUGGCUCUGUCGAACUGUGUGUCCCUGAUGUUUUCAUGCAGUGCAGGGGUGGAGCAUCCACGUGGGCUUGUAAUGAGUCUGAUAAGGUUUUUAAUGGCGCACACAGCACACAGCACAUGUCCAAAGUCCAUCAUCACAAAGUGCCCUCUGGACUCUGCAAAGCCUUAAACAAAUGUUCCCCGCUGUUCUCUGCCAGGCUGAGCGGGAGCGCUGACCCUGGAUCAGUCUUCACACUCAGAUGCUUUUCUAUCUAAAAUGUGAUCUCUGCUCCACAAAGACUUUAUGCCUUAGCUCACACAGGUUGCCAAAGUCACAGUGAGGGUUUGUACUUGCAAUGGUGGUUUGUCUGCGUCGCUCUGCAGAGACACAGACAAACCACCAGUUGGCAGUAGUGUGCUGUGCAGGUUCAUUAUGUUAGCUUAAUUGGUGGUUAAAAUUGGCCUGGAAUGUGAGGCAGACGAGGUGCUUGCAGUGUAGCGAAUAAAGGGAUGUAUUAAUGUGUGGUCAGUAAGACUGCAGACGCGCUGCUGAACAGCAGGUUUAAAAUGACUGCAGCACAGAAGAGCGAGACACCCAAACCUCCUGAACCCGUAGAUUUGCUUUAAAAAUAAGAAAAAGGGAAUCUAAGAACACUAGACGUAAUCACAGCUUAUUACAGCCAAGUUUCUCUUGUUCUGAAGCAGGAAGUGAAAAGCUCAGAGAAACGUGCCUCAAAAAGUGAACAAAUGAAAGCCAAACCGUCUGCAUGCUGCCAGCUGCACCGACACAGUAGGUGCAGUAUCUGCAUGAACCAACUCUUCAGUAAAACCUUUAAUAAUCCAGUACCAGUAAUACUUUUUGUACCUUUUAAUAAUUCUUUAUGUGCUUUUGUUGAUGUAAUGAAAAGGGGACUUGAUGAUGAUGAUGAUGAUGUGACGGCAGCUCUAGCAGCAGUGUUAGUGUCAGGCUGAUGGAUGACAUGACUGCUGUGCACACUGUGUGAGCACUUUGCACCUCAUCUUUAUGUCCUUUGCAAAUAAAGAAUGAUUAUAUUUCUAAA